GCCGCGCAGGACACACGUAGUGAAAAUAUCCAUUGGUGUUCAGUAAAAAUGGCUACCGCUUCUUCUGAAUUGCAAGCUCCCGCAUUGAGCGAGGAAAACAGUGAAACGCUUACAGAAAAGACCAAGGAGGAAAAGCAACCGGACACCGAUACAGAUGAACCGAGUGUUAGCAGCGUAGACGCACUGCUGAACAUGGAAGUAAGGGUAGCGGAAUGCGGGCAAGACGGAGAAGAAGGGGACGUGAAACAUGCUGCGGAGGCGGUGGUGGUGACAGCGGCGACAACAGUCGCAGCAGCAACAGGGGUCGCAGAUGAUGAUGAUGAUGAUGAUGAAGAAAAGACGGUGGGAUGCAAACUUGUUCAAACAGAUGAGAAUUGCUCGGACUCUACGAAACAGAGUAGCCUAGUGGACGGUGGUGAGACUAGCGAGACAGUUAAAGAUACGGUGAAGGAAAUAGAAAGUAAACCAGAAGAACAACGAGAGGAGAGCCAGUCGCCUGUUACAGUCAGUGACUGUGUGGUAAAAAGCAAAGUCCGUGACGAUGCUCCGGAGCCCGGGGAGGAGAAAACAAGCACCAGAGGUGGGGACCUCGAGGAGCUUGCGGUGGAAGACAAGCGGAGGGCCAGCGUAGAGAUGUCAUCCUCGGACGGAGAGCCGCUCAGCCGGAUGGAUUCAGAGGACAGUAUCAGCAGUACCCUGAUGGACAUGGAGAGCACGGUUUCCAGCGGACGUUCCACCCCUGCCAUGAUGAACGGGCAGGGCAGUGCCGCCCAGUGCCACUCCAGUACCAAGGGCCAGGCAGUGGGGAACAGCUGCUGCUGGGACCAAUGUGGCCUCUGCUUCACCUGCAGCCCAGACCUGGCUGAACACAUCAGGGGCCUGCAUGUCGACGGACAGAGAGGAGGGGUGUAUGUGUGUCUGUGGAAGGGCUGUAAGGUGUACAACACUCCGUCCACCAGUCCAAGCUGGCUCCAGAGACACAUGCUGACACACAGCGGAGACAAACCCUUCAAGUGUGUGGUGGGGGGCUGCAAUGCCAGCUUUGCAUCUCAGGGGGGGCUAGCGCGCCAUGUGCCCACCCACUUCAGUCAGCAGAGCUCCUCUAAGCUGUCCGGUCAGUCGAGACUCAAGGAAGAGUCUCCCUCUAAAGCUGGGCUUACUAAGAGGAAGAAACGAACGCAGAUGAACAAACGCAGGCGCUCGCUACUGUCUCCUCUUCCACCAGCGAGACCUCAUGAUUUCUUUGACGCCCAGACCAUGGAUGCCAUCAGACACCGGGCCAUCUGCCUCAACCUGGCUACACACAUGGAGAGCACCGGCAACGGACACAGUGUGGUGUUUCAUAGCACGGUGAUGGCCAGGAGGAAAGAGGGCUCUGGGAAGGUCAAGGUGCUGCUCCACUGGACUCCUGAGGACAUCCUGCCUGAUGUGUGGGUGAACGAGACGGAGCGUUCUCAGCUGAACACCAAAGUGGUUCACUUAUCCCAGCUACCACAGGACAGCGCCAUGCUGCUAGACCCCAACAUCUACAGAGCGUUACCACAGAAGCGGCUGAAGCGGAGUCUGUAAGGAUUCCUCUGUAGCUGUAGGGUUAGGAUUACUCUGUAGCUGUAGGGUUAGAGUUCCUCUGUAGCUGUAGGGU